CAAAAUUACCGGGAAAUAUAUAUAUAAUAUGGAUAUCGUAUUCGUGUAUCGUCGUCUUUAGGUGGAAGGGAGAGUGGAUCGACAAAAUUUCCCAUGGCGAGCUUCUCCGCAGCCCAGCCUCUCUCCCUUCCACGUCAGCCCAUUCUCUCCAACUCCAACCCGAACCGCCCAAGCUCCAUUAACGAACAUUCCCGCCAGACUCUGUCUUUCAUCGACCGAUGUACGGACAUCACACACCUGAAGCAAAUCCAUGCCCACAUGAUCCGUACGGGUUUGUUCUUCGAACCCUUCUCCGCUAGCAAAUUGUUCGCCUCCGUCGCACUCGGUCCUUUCUCGAGUCUCGAUUACGCCCGCAAGGUGUUCGAUGAAAUUACUCACCCGAAUUCUUACUCUUGGAACACGCUUAUCCGCGCUUAUGCUUCGAGAUCAGAUCCUGUUCAGAGCAUCUCUGUGUUUGUGGAUAUGGUUUCAGAGAGCCCUUGUCGCCCCAAUAAAUUCACUUUCCCUUUCGCGAUCAAAGCUGCUGCGGAUGGUUCGAUCUUGCCUGUGGGUCGAGCUUUCCACGGGAUGGUGAUUAAGUCAUCGCUUGCGAAUGAUGUUUUUGUUGCAAACUCCUUGAUACACUGUUAUUUCUCCUGUGGAGACCUCGAUUCAGCAUGUAAAGUGUUUUCCACAAGUCGAAGAAAGGAUGUGGUUUCGUGGAAUUCGAUGAUCACAGGGUUUGUGCAAAAGGGUUCUCCAGAUAAGGCAUUGGAGCUGUUUAGGGAGAUGGAGGCGGAGAAUGUCAAGGCAAGCCAUGUGACAAUGGUGGGUGUCUUGUCGGCCUGUGCCAAGAUACCAGAUUUGGAGUCUGGCAAGCGGGUUUGUUCUUAUAUCGAGGAGGCCGGGAUUAGCGUGAGCUUGACAUUGGCUAAUGCCAUGCUCGAUAUGUACGCAAAGUGCGGAAACAUGGAGGAUGCAAAACGGUUGUUCGAUACUAUGGAGGAGAAAGAUAUAGUCACAUGGACAACGAUGCUCGACGGGUAUGCUAGAUUGGAAGAUUAUGUGGCAGCUAGACAUGUUUUUGACUCUAUGCCCGUUAAGGACAUUGCCGCUUGGAAUGCUCUUAUCUCUGCUUACGGGCAGAAUGGAAAGCCUAAGGAGGCACUAGAAGUGUUUCAUGAGCUGCAGCUACAGAAUAAUGCAAAACCGAACCAAAUCACCCUGGUAAGUACUUUAUCAGCCUGUGCCCAGAUAGGGGCGAUGGAUUUAGGUGAGUGGAUCGAAGUUUACAUAAAAAAGCGGGGCAUCAGGUUAAAUUUUUACUUGGUUAGUGCACUGAUUCAUAUGUAUUCCAAAUGCGGAGAUCUGGAGAAGGCACGGGCAGUGUUUAAUUCUGUAGAGAAGAGAGAUGUAUUUGUCUGGAGCUCCAUGAUCGGUGGCUUGGCUAUGCACGGGUGUGGACGAGAAGCCAUUGAUUUGUUCUUCAGAAUGAAAGACGAGAAUGUAAAGCCAAAUGGUGUGACCUUCACCAAUGUCCUGUGCGCUUGUAGCCAUACCGGUAUGGUGGACGAGGCCAAAAGGUUUUUCGACCAAAUGGAGUCAGCUUAUGGUAUUGUCCCCGAGCACAAGCAUUACGCUUGCAUGGUAGACGUCCUCGGUCGCUCGGGUUAUCUGGAAGAAGCUGUAAAGUUCAUAGAGACAAUGCCGAUUCCUCCAAAUGCUUCUGUCUGGGGAGCCCUUCUAGGAGCUUGUAAAAUUCAUUGCAAUCUGAGCCUUGCUGAAUUGGCUUGCACCCGUUUGAUCGAACUGGAGCCUAGGAACGAUGGCGCCCACGUGCUUUUAUCCAACAUAUACGCUAAAUCCGGGAAAUGGGACGGAGUUUCUGAGCUCAGGAAGCACAUGAGAGUCACUGGACUGAAGAAAGAACCGGGGUGCAGUUCAAUUGAAGUAGAUGGCGUGGUUCACGAGUUUCUAGCCGGGGAUAACGCUCACCCGAUGUCUGAAAAGGUGUACGAGAAGCUAGACAAGGUCAUGGAUAGAUUGAAAUCGACGGGUUAUGAGCCGGAGAAGUCAGAGGUUCUUCAGAUCAUCGAGGAGGAAGAAAUGAAAGAGCAGUCUCUAAAUCUGCACAGUGAGAAGCUGGCGAUUUGUUUUGGACUGAUCUCGACCAAAGCUCCAAAGCCAAUUCGUGUAAUAAAGAACCUUAGAGUAUGUGGAGAUUGUCACUCUGUAGCUAAGCUGAUAUCUCUGCUCUAUGACAGAGAGAUUGUACUGAGGGACAGGUAUAGGUUUCACCAUUUCAGGAGAGGGCAGUGUUCUUGUAACGAUUUCUGGUGAAAAAUAAUUUGAUCCUUCCAAAGAUAUUUAUCACAUUCUCCUCUCCAAGUUUCAUU